AUGUAUAAAGAAGCUAUAGGGAAGCAGGAGAACAAGAAGUUGGCAGUGGUCAUGCAAGAAGCAGGACAAUCUUCCUUAUCCGAAAAUCUAUUAAGAUUGCCAUUCCCAAGGAAGUGCUCCCUACCAGUGUUCACACCCCCGUUCACAUUGACUUCUACAUUGUUGCUGUUGGACGUUGCUCCUCUCUCCCUUGGACUUGAGACAGCUGGAGGGGUUAUGACUACUUUGAUUCCAAGAAACACCACUAUUCCCACCAAGAAGGAGCAAGUUUUCUCUACCUAUUCGGACAACCAACCUGGAGUGCUGAUUCAGGUGUUUGAAGGGGAGAGGGCAAGAACCAGGGAUAACAACUUGCUUGGUAAAUUUGGGCUUUCUGGAAUUCCACCUGCGCCUCGUGGUGUCCCUCAGAUCACUGUUUGCUUCGACAUCGACGCAAAUGGUAUUCUUAAUGUAUCUGCUGAGGACAAAACUACAGGGAAGAAGAACAAAAUCACAAUUACAAACGAUAAAGGAAGGUUGUCCAUGGAGGAGAUUGAGAAGAUGGUGCAAGAGGCAGAAAUGUACAAGACAGAGGAUGAAGAGCACAAGAAGAAAAUUGAAUCGAAGAAUGGUUUGGAGAAUUAUGCUUACAAUAUGAGGAACGCCAUCAAGGACGAGAAGAUUGCUGGGAAGUUGGAUCCAGCUGACAAGAAGAAGAUUGAGGAUGCCAUUGAAGCUGCCAUCCAGUGGCUCGACACCAACCAGCUUGCAGAGGCGGAGGAAUUUGACGAUAAGAUGAAAGAGUUGGAGAGUCUCUGCAACCCAAUCAUUGCUAAGAUGUAUCAAGUUGGUGGUGCUGGACCUGACAUGGGUGGUUUUGGCGGCAUGGAUGAGGAUGGUCCUUCUAUGGGUGGUGCUGGUAGUGGUGCUGGACCCAAAAUCGAGGAAGUCGAUUAA